AUGGGUGAUAAAACGCCACUCGGACGACGCUCAAUGGUCGGCGCUCCACCGUCCAUUAGGCCUGCAAGAACUCCAAAGCCGACGUCAGCUCUUCGACAAGCCACUCUGAAAAAGAAAGGAAGCAAGGAUGUCGACGAAAAACAAUCAGAAGAAUACUCAGAAGAGAACUCCGAGCGAGAGACGGCUGAAAGCGGACAUGAAGAAAUCGACCAAGAACCAAAGGAUAAAAAGAGAAAGAAGAAGUUGACCGAGUACACGAUCAAGCGAAAGGCUCGCGAUGCGGCGAAAGCUGAAGCUGUCAAUUUGCGAAAGAAGCAGAUCGAAGAGGGAGUCAUCGACGAAGAGGGGAAAAGAAGCAAGCGCAAGUCAGAAAGAAAUUUUCAGGAACCUGAGCCAACGCCUGAGCCAGAACCCGAAGAGGAAGAGGACUCUGGAGCAAAGCCACCAAAAAUACGAGGAUAUUCUCCGUUUCAACUCCUUGCCGAUCAUUUGCUACGAAAAUUGAUGGGCAAAGAUCCCGAGGAAUAUUUCGCCUUUCCCGUCACUCCUUCGAUGGCGCCCGAUUAUCAUGAGGUUAUCACGAACCCAAUGGAUUUCUCGGCUAUGCGACAGAAAAUCGAGGAUGAUAAGUAUGAAGAGAUUCCACAAAUGCGCGGUGAUGCCGAAUUGAUUGUAUCGAAUGCGCUUGCCUACAAUCAUCCAAAUACCGUCUAUCAUCUUGCCGCCACUCGUCUCGCUCACAUUGUCCGAUUCUACUUUUCCGACCAACAUUUACGAUAUCUCUUCCAUAUGAUGCCAAGAGCUCGUGAGAUUCCAUUCGAGAAAAUCGGUCUCUCUCCACUCGCACCACUUCCAAAACGCUUCGAGAAUAAACGACGUGAAGCUUUGCACGAUCCAUAUGGCGGCAAAGAGUUGCUCGAGAAAAUUCCGACGGCACAAUCGACGCGACUUACAACGAGGGUUCCAUUGCUGAAAAACUCCCAUUUGGCUUUCAUCGACAACAAAGAUGGGGCGACUGUGUUGAAUAUUCUGACAGCAAUGGGACCAUCGGAUAAAAAGGAAGCCCGAUUGAUUGAUAUCGUUGGCCCACUCGAAGAAGGAACUCCUGGAAUGUUCACACCGAUUGAGACUCGACCAAAUCAAACACCGAUUACCUAUUUGGAUUAUGGACCGUACUCAUCAUUUGCUCCGCAAUUUGACAGUACAUGGGCGUCGAUGGAUAAGGAAGAGUCCGAUCUAUUCCUACGAACUUACGGUGAUCGAGAGAAUGUCGCCGAUGCGCUUUCGUUAAGGAGUAUGGUGACGAAUACCAACGAUCACAUGUUAAAGGUAGUUGACGAGUUUCUGGACGGGCUCACCGAUGGAGAGCACUCGAGAACGAUUCGACAACUUGAAAAGACAAAUGGGAAAGUGGUGAUCAAGAAAGAGGAGCCUGAUUUGAACACGCUGCUCCACGAAGUGGAAACGAUUGGAAAUCUGGGACUUGACACAUCGGUUAUUGGUGAGAUUCAGGCUCGUCUGAAAGCAGAACACGAAUUGUCGAUACAGCAACAGCUCGACAGACAAGGACAAGCGCUUGUUGAUUUGACGGAGAUGCAAAGAAGACGACUCUCUCAACAACCGCCGCUCACUUUAACAAAAGUCUCCGGGCCUAGCCAUGUCGAGAUACAACUGACGAAUAAGGUGACAACCCAACUCGUCAACACAAUUCACUCAUUCGCCCCACCGACGGAGCUCGUUUCGGCGCCCGUCCUUCACAACGCAAUGGGAAUCGAUGAUGAUGAUGAAAUUAUGUCCGAAUUCUUUCAA